CUCAACUGGAUGACAUUGACAGACUUUCAGGAGGCCCUGGGUGAUAUGAUAUUUGAACAGAAGGUAAAGAGUAGUAUAAAGUUUUAUUUGGUCUGUAACAAUCUUAGGCGAAGGAGACUCAAUAUAUGGAAAUAUUUGCAAAAUUACUUUUAUUGAGAAUAUUUCCCAGGAUUGCUCAAAUAUCAAGUUGAGUGAUGCAGGCCCUACACAGCAGUUAACUGUUGAUCAGGGGAUUUAAUCUUCUAGUGUCUCACUGGUAAUGUGGUGUACUUUAUGAGUAGGACAUCAGAGAUGACGAGGAAUUGUGACAGUCUCAGUCGACGACAUUUUGCCUUCCUUGGUCUGUGGAACUGUCCUGAUCUACCGUUUUCCUGGAAUGACACACCAGCAGACCAGUUCUCUGGCUGGGAAAAUGAUGACCAGAUUUUAUUCUCCGCCAGUGUGUACCUGGAAAAUGAGAAAAUGCUCACCCAUGUUCUCAACAAGUUGUUUGCAAGUCUACGAGUUGGACCUCGCCCAAAUAAGAUUCUAGAUGGAGUUCCUACAAUGUUAAAAGCGAUACAACUCCAUCCACUGUGCAAGGAAAUUCAAAGAUCUGCCAAUGCGUGUCUGUUCCUGAUGAUGAAUGGGAAGAGCCAGGUGAUACCCCAGAGGACACGAACCUUCAUUGUAGAGACGCUUGUGUCAUGUGUGAACCAGGUCAAAAACGACACCUAUACCGCUAAGUGCUGUGUGUGCAGUUUCCUGUGCCUCAACAUGCCUCAUGAUGCCAUUUAUUGUCAUUUGUUCAAAAGAUAUGUAAACAGCCUACUUCGAGUCCUAAAUUCCUACCAUGGCGACUUCUUUGAAAUGUAUGCCCUGAAACUAUUACACGAGACAUGUCGAACCGACAGACCAGAAAAAUCAACAAUCGGCAAGGAAACCGACACAUUGACGUACCUGUUGUCUCUGAUUCGUCACAAGUUGACAAACUCAUCCUGUGAUGAUGCCAUGGAGCGAGCCUGGAGCUGUCUCUGGAGCCUUACUGGUAACAUCCCCUUUAAGUCUCUCACUCAUUGGUAACAUCCUCCUUA